AUGGGUCUGCUAAGUGUGGAUUUGCUGAUCACGCUUCAGAUCUUGCCGGUCUUUUUCUCCAAUUGCCUCUUCCUUGCGCUGUAUGACUCUGUGAUCCUCCUGAAGCACAUGGUGCUAUUUCUGAGCCGGUCUAAGUCUGGGCGCGGUGAGUGGCGGAGGAUGCUGACCUCGGAGGGGCUGCGCUGCGUCUGGAACAGCUUCCUCCUGGACGCCUACAAGCAGGUCAAACUGGGAGGAGAAGCCCCAAACUCCAGUGUAGUCCACAUAGCCAAGGGCAGUGAUGGCAGCAACAACAGCAAAAAAAACGUUGGUGGCAAGUGUGGAACCAAAUGCCACCUCCUGGAUUUUGCCAACUCCGAGCGGCCACUAGUGGUCAACUUCGGUUCAGCUACCUGACCACCGUUCACAAGCCAGCUGUCGGCCUUCAGCAAGCUGGUGGAGGAGUUCUCUGGUGUGGCUGACUUUCUGUUGGUCUACAUUGAUGAGGCUCACCCGUCAGAUGGCUGGGCUGCCCCUGGAAUCUCUCCCUCUUCAUUUGAAGUUAAGAAACACAGGAACCAGGAAGACCGAUGCGCAGCUGCUCACCAGCUCCUGGAGCGCUUUUCCUUGCCACCUCAGUGCCAAGUGGUGGCUGACUGCAUGGACAACAAUGCCAAUGUGGCCUACGGGGUUUCGUUUGAGCGAGUAUGCAUUGUGCAGAGACAAAAAAUUGCCUACCUGGGAGGCAAAGGCCCCUUUUUCUACAAUCUGCAGGAGGUUCGGCUCUGGCUGGAACAAAAUUUCAGCAAAAGAUGAAAUCCAUUCUCUACAGAAGCUAUGUCAACAGAUGUGUCCCUUUAA